AUGAAUCUCGACUCCAACACUCUGCGUCAAGUUUUCGAUGCCCUUGACAAUAAUAAGAGGGGAUACAUUACAGUCGAACAGUUCACCAGUGCGCUCGAGAAAUUUUAUACGUCAAUAGCUCAUGAAAGUCCUGAUGAUGAACAUCACGCUAAGCUAGCUCGAAUGCAAUCAAUGGAUGUUAAUAACAUUGUUAAUGCCUUGGAUCCGGAAAAGGAUGGAAUAAUAUCUUUUGAAGACUUUGAGUCGGCGUUUCAGAAUUUCUUCAACUGUGAAAGUAUAUUCUACAUAGUAAACUUUUACCCAAGUGUAGAUCGGGAAGAGUUAAAGGGUAAAACGAUGACGGUAAAUCUUCAUGGUCGCCGAGUGUCUAUUACACCUGACGACUUUGUAAUGCACCAGGCUGAGUACGAUCCGGACUUAAAGACGGAAGAUAGUGGAUUUCUAGAACCUGGCGUUGGAGAGUUCACUCCGACUCGGCCAUCCACACUUCUCACCAGGACUUCUGUUCCUUCAUAUCAUGAAAACGCUGGAUCGCCAUUUAGUGGCUCACGCUCCGAUCUGAUGAUGGACGAUCCUGACAGUAACUUGGAACAGCUUAAGAAUCAGAUGCGUCAGAUGGAAGCAAAGAUGGACUCGAUGACCUCCCAAGCAGCAGUGGCCAGCAACGCAGACGGUCUGGUUGGACGUCUGCGUGAGGAGAACGCGCGUCUCAGCGCCUCUGUGGUGGUGCUCGAGGAGCGCAUCAAAGAGAUUGAAGCGCGUCACCAACGCGACCUCGAGAGCGAGCGCUCGCAUCUGGACUCCCUCAUGGUUCGUUCUAAGCGGACAUACGAGGCGGAAAUCGAGAAUCUGCGAGCUCGCUGUCAGAAACUGGAAGUUGAUCUUUCCGACGCCAUUAUUCACCUGGGCAAAACUAGAGUGGAACUGGAUAGUGCAAGAGUGGAGGGCAAGCGGACAGCAGAAGCCUUACUGGAUGCUCAGGAUAGGAUCAACUCCCUAACCGAGCAACUCAAUAGUCGCUCCAACGCGGAGAGUUGGGAGUUACAGAAGGCCAUCGCAGAUCGCGACAACGCGCUAAACGUGAGUCUCUUCAGCCUGUUGCUCUAUCCCCUACUAAAUACCAUUUCGUGUGACAACAAACCUCCAUUUCUGCGGGUGUGGAUGCAGUGCGAGAUUUCUCAUGAGUGGCUUCAAAAGCAUGUUGCAUGUGCAUGUGCACCGCAGGCUCUGAAAGAGGUCAAUUCAGUCGUGGGCAAUGGGCCUCGAGUCUCCAUAGGUAUGGAUACCGUGACGCGGUUAGAGGAGAUGCAGCAGAUCAUCCACAGCCUGAAGGAGGACAACAAGAGGCUGACGAAAAAGGUGCAGGACGCACAAGAGGAGUCCUGGUUUAAAAAUCUUCGCAAUGGACAAAAACUUCUCUUCGACAAAGACAGUACAUUGGAUACCGAAAUGGACAAUUUGACCAAGGAAGAGAAAAGAAACAAAUGGGAUAAAUUGAUCACCAUAUUCACCCAAACCCACCAUCCUAACGUCCAAUCUGAGCCUGGAAGUGGCUGGUAA